CUUAAACUUCUUUAGAUUUUUUGAGCUGACAACCUGCACUACAUACCAGAACUCUACACUCUCCUUAGAAUCAGAUGAACUGUUUCCACACAACACUACAGGAUUCAGUGAAAUUUGCGCCACUGAUCUGAGGAAGAGUUUAUCGUACUGCAGGAACUAUGUUCUGAUUGCAAACAGUUUAGCAAUGACAGUGAUUCCUAUUGCCAUCCUGGUUUUUCUAAAUACUAAACUCUGGUUCAUCAUAAGAAGAAAUCGGUCAAUUGUCUCUUCGAAGAGGAGGGAAAGAGAUCUUCAAAUCGCUAAGAUUCUGAUAUUUGUUGUUCUCCUCUUUAUUGUGAGUAAUAUACCUCGUAUUGGUAUCAAUGUUUAUGAGGUUUGGCAGCUUAUAUCUGGAGAAACAGGGUGGCCGGUUUGGGCUGAAGCACUGUCUAUAUUCUCCCACCUUACCCUUGUCAUCAGUUCAUCUUGUAACCUCAUCAUCUACUGCUGGAAAGAUAGAAAAUUCAGACUGGUUUUCUGUAAUGUAAUGGGUUGUACUCCUCAAGCUACGGUUAACUGGGAGAGAAUUAACAGGAAACAGACGGUGUUCGCCAUGUCUAGACUCGAUAUUGGAACUAACAGCCAAGCACAUCAGAUAGACAGAUCUGUUACCAUGGGAAUGUAAUGUAACAGCUAAAGACAGAUCUGUUAUCAUGGGAAUGCAAUGUAACAGCUAAAGACAGAUAUGUUAUUAUGAUAUUGCAAUGUAACAGCUAAAGACAGGUCUGUUUUCAUGGGAAUGCUAUUUAACAGUUAAUGACAAAUAUGUUAUCAUGGGAAUUCAAUGUAUAAACAGCUAAAGCAAGAUCUUGUAAUCUGGUAGCUUGAAAUUUAGCUGAUUAAAAGAAACGGGUCUGUUUACACUGCAAAAUAGCUUUAUCUUAUGUUCAAAGAACUAUUUAAAAGUCGUCUUCCUAUUCCACUUUAUACUGGUUCUUACUGUAUUAUUUCAUAUAAGAGAUCUCAAAUAAGGAUUUAAUAAGUUUAAUUGUUCAACCACAAAUUUAAACCUCUCAUGUUUGUAAAAUUUACUUGUUUUUACACUGAAUUAUGAAAACAUUUGAAAAAUAUAU